AUGGCGGAGAAGGCGGCGUGUGCCUUCGGCGAAGAUCUGGGCAACGCCAAGUUCAAUUUCCCUGAAAAUCCGCCCAAGAUCGAGAUCCAGGUUGCCGCCGCCCGCUUUGCCCAUGCGUCCACCGGCGCCGAGACCUCGGGUCAAGUCGACGAUCUCGACUCCCAGUCGAACUCGCUCUCCUCGUCGAAGGCGCUGCAGCACGCUGAGUCGCCGUGCCCGUCGGUCUCCGGAAGGUUGCAGACGACGGCGGGGGUUCGCUGCUACUCGUCGGAAAUUGUGGCCACAAUUUGGGGCCUAGGGUUUCAGGCGGCGCUGCUGCUUGAUAUACAAGCGGCGGCGACUAAAAUUGUGGGCUCGCCUGCCGCUGCAGUCACCGAGAAUUGA